CGCUACAACUGCACUAGUAGUGGGGUACCAUACCAAUAUACCAUGCCAAUGCACGCAUAAAUACUCCAGUUGCUAGCUCUAGCCUGAUUUGUUUCGAGACCGAUAAUUCGUCAUGGGCAGGCUGCAGCUGCUGCUCUCCUUCCUCCUGGUUACCGCCGCAAACUGCCGCGGCAGCCGGGCGGCGAGGAACAGCAUAACGCACGUGAAGGGCUUCGACGGCGCGCUCCCCUUCUACCUGGAGACAGGGUACGUGGAAGUGGACUCCACCCACGGCGCGGAGCUCUUCUACUACUUCAUCCAGUCAGAGCGCAGCCCGAGCACGGACCCGCUGAUCCUCUGGAUCACGGGCGGGCCGGGCUGCUCCGCGCUGUCGGGCCUGCUCUUCGAGAUCGGCCCGCUCAAGUUCGACGUCGCCGGCUACACGGGGGAAGGCUUCCCGCGGCUCCUCUACUUUGAGGACUCAUGGACCAAAGUGAGCAACGUCAUCUUCCUCGACGCCCCCGUGGGCACGGGCUUCUCCUACGCCCGCGAGGAGCAAGGCCUCAACGUCAGCCUGACUGGCACGGGCGGCCAGCUCCGUGUGUUCCUUGAGAAAUGGCUGGACCAGCACCCGGAGUUCAAGUCCAACCCGCUGUACAUCGGCGGGGACUCCUACUCCGGGUACACGGUGCCCGUCACGGCUCUCGACAUCGCCGACCACCCGGAGAGCGGGCUGAAUCUUAAAGGGUACCUGGUCGGCAACGCGGCCACGGAGGACAGGUAUGACACGGGCGGCAAGGUGCCGUUCAUGCACGGGAUGGGGCUGAUCUCCGACGAGAUGUACGCGGCGGCGCAGGGCAGCUGCGCCGGGGACUUCGUCACCACGCCACGGAACACGCAGUGCGCCAACGCGCUGCAGGCCAUCAACCUGGCCACUUUCGCCGUCAACCCCGUCCACAUCCUCGAGCCCAUGUGCGGCUUCGCGCUCCGGUCCCCCGCCGACACGGUCUUCCCGAGGAGGACGGCGGCGAGGCUUCUGGUCCAGGAGAACGACAUGUUGGGGUUGCCGGUGGAGUGCCGGGACAACGGGUACAGGUUGUCUUAUACCUGGGCGGACGACCCGGAGGUGAGGGAGACGCUGGGGAUCAAGGAAGGGACGAUCGGGGCGUGGAGCCGGUGCACGACGCUGAGCCACUUCCGGCACGACCUGGCGAGCACGGUGCCGCACCACAGGGAGCUUACAACGCGCGGGUACAGGGCGCUGGUGUACAACGGCGACCACGACAUGGACAUGACGUUCGUGGGCACGCAGCAGUGGAUCCGGGCGCUCGGGUACGGCGUGGUGGCGCCAUGGCGGCCCUGGUACGCCAACCGGCAGGUGGCCGGGUUCGCCACGGAGUACGAACACAACCUCACCUUCGCCACCGUCAAGGGAGGCGGCCACACCGCGCCCGAGUACAGGCCCAAGGAGUGCCUCGCCAUGCUCGACAGAUGGACCUCGCCUGCCGGCAGGCUCUGAGCAGCUGGGCCUCUGAUGACACGCGUUAUUAUUAUUCGUGCCUGUCGCGGCCGGCCGGCCGGAUCGAUCUGCUUACUACGUGUCGGUCUCUCGUCAAUUAAUUCGCUACUACACUUAAUUACUGGUACUACUGCAAGGAGUGCAGGCUGCUGCUGCCUUGAUUCAUAAUUUGUACUACGGCUGUUAAGUUGAUCCGGCGCCACAUUCAUUGCGCCUCAGUAAAACUUCACUAUCAUUCAUGUAACUAUGCUUGUACUGUUGCAUAUAUACUUCUUCAGUGCAGUACUGUGCUAGUAACACUAGUACACAGAAUAAGAGAUUA